UGGCAGCUACGCAACAUAGCAUGUCUCCACUUCCUGUAAAGCUGAAGGGUGGGACAGGCGGAAGCAGGGCUCGAUAGUGUUCAUAUUUUUCUCCGGCUCGAGCGGUUGGACUGAUAUAUAAACACUCAACAUGCCGGCAUAUCACUCAAGCUUGAUGGUCCCUGAAACCAGGCUGGUGGGGAAUAUGGCUUUGCUUCCCCUCAAAACCCAGUUCAAGGGUCCAGCCAGAGGAGACGGCAUUGACUCUGACAUCAUUGAUGAAGCCAUUUACUACUUCAAGGCCAAUGUUUUCUUUAAGAACUAUGAAAUUAAGAAUGAGGCUGACAGGACGCUGAUCUAUGUCACACUGUACAUCUCUGAAUGCUUAAAGAAGCUACAGAAGUGCAGCUCCAGAAACCAGGGAGAAAAAGAGAUGUACACUCUUGGCAUCUCCAACUUCCCAAUUCCAGGAGAACCGGGCUUCCCUCUGAAUGCCAUGUACAUUAAACCAGCAAACAAGCAGGAGGACGAUACGAUGAGGGCGUACCUGCAGCAGAUCCGCCAGGAGACCGGCUUGAGGCUAUGUGACCGCGUGUUCGACCCACAGACAGACAAACCCAGCAAGUGGUGGGUGUGCUUUGUCAAGAAGCAGUUCAUGAACAAAAGCCUCUCUGCUCCUGGACAGUGAGCGACUCAGGAUCCAAAGUUUCUAUUCUACACCUGCAACAUGGAUGGAUGGAUGGAUUUUUCUUUGAUUUGGGUGGGAGAGGUUUGCUUUUGUGUUGCCACGAUGAUUUUAUACUCUUUCAAGUUAUGUUUUCUCUUGUCUGACUGUUGACAAUAUUGAGCUGGCGCUUAAUUCAAUAAAGCAAUCAUGGAGAUUGAAAAAA